AAAGAUAUCAGCGUUUCACAGUCAUUGCAAACUACAGCCUACGUUAGUUACAUGUAAGUUCUGUCAGAGCAUUUACUUGGUUACAAUGGGAAAAGAGCGUAUGCAUAUCAACUUGGCCAUAAUUGGCCAUGUUGACAGCGGAAAAUCUACCACCACAGGCCACCUCGUGUACAAAUGCGGCGGUGUUGAUCCUAGAACCAUCGAAAAGUAUGAGAAAGCGGCUGCUGAGAUGGGCAAGGCGUCAUUCAAAUAUGCCUGGAUUCUAGACAAACUUAAAGCCGAAAGGGAACGGGGCAUUACUAUUGAUAUUUCCCUUCUAAAAUUCAACACACUCAAAUAUACCAUUACGAUAAUUGACGCACCGGGACACCGGGACUUCAUCAAGAAUAUGAUCACCGGAACCUCGCAGGCUGAUGUCGCUCUUCUGAUGGUGUCUGCUGCCAAAGGGGAAUUCGAAGCUGGAAUCUCGCGCAAUGGUCAAACAAGAGAACACGCGCUGCUGGCCUAUACACUCGGCGUCAAACAACUCAUUGUCUGCGUGAAUAAAAUGGACGUAACUGAGCCGCCGUUCAGUCAAAAGCGUUUCGAAGAGGUGGCUAAAACUGUAACCAACUUUACCAAGAAGAUUGGAUACGACCCGACCUCUGUGCCUUUUGUGCCCAUCUCUGGUUGGAGUGGGGAGAACCUGAUUGCGCCAUCUCAGAAGAUGGCUUGGUUCAAAGGAUGGAAGGUGAAGAGUAAACAGGGCACCGCAAAUGGCAAAACUCUCCUGGAGGUCCUUGACUCCAUUCAGCCUCCUGUGCGCACGGCAAGCAAACCCUUACGCUUGCCCCUGCAAGACGUGUACAAGAUUGGAGGUGUUGGUACAGUCCCAGUGGGCAAGAUUGUGACCGGUGUGCUGAAGCCUGGGAUGGUGUUGAGCUUUUCACCUGCCAGGAUGACCGGUGAAGUCAAAUCCAUCGAGAUGCACCACCAGGGGUUGCAGACUGCUCUUCCGGGCCACAACGUGGGCUUCAACAUCCGUAACGUUUCGUCAAAGAACCUCCGCCGGGGAGACGUGGCUGGCAAUGCCCAGCACGACCCUCCUUCGGAAAUCAACAGCUUUGUUGCUCAGGUCAUCAUCCUGAACCAUCCAGGGAAAAUCCAGGCUGGCUACUCUCCCGUGCUGGACUGUCACACGGCACACGUCACCUGCCGCUUCUCUGAGCUCCAAGACAAGCUGGACCGUCGCACUGGCAAUAAGAUCGAGGACCGGCCACAGCAGCUGAGGUCUGGGGACGCCGCCACAAUCAAGCUGGUCCCCAACAGGCCCAUGUGUGUGGAGAGCUUCUUUCAGUUUCCAGCUUUAGGUCGGUUUGCCUGCAGGGACCUGAAACAGACUGUGGCUGUUGGUGUUAUCAAGUCUGUGGAGAAGGCUGACUUAAACCCAAGGAAGGCACAGAAAGUGUAAAGGUUUAAGUUUUUUUUUUUUUUUUUUUCCCUCAUGUUUACCAGCACUUCGGUAUGUAUGUUAAUAUAACUGUUAAAUUUUAGUUGUACAAUGAAGUGUUUUAUUUCUAUCCUUAUUUUGUGAAGAUGUAAAAGAUCUAUUUUACUUUAGAUUUAAAGUAGUACCACAAGGAAGUUGUGGAAUAAGUUGUCUCAUUAGUAAAUUACUAAUAUAAUUGAAAUUGUCUGACUUGAAACCAACUGUAAGUUGAGUGCAAUAAAAUUUCUGUUUUGAA